AUGUGCUCAUAUAAAAUUCACUUGCGCAAAUAUCCAUUCUCACUCUCUCUCACCCUCUCUCGCUCGCUCACUGUUCUCUCUCUCUCACAUUCAAUCUCCGUUCUUUCUCACACAUACCCCCAAUCCGUCACUUUUCUCUCAUACACCCCUGUAGCUCGAUUGUAUCUCUCUCACUCACCCCUCAUCUUUUGUUUCAUGCCCCUCUCCCACUCUGUCACCUAUUUCACACUACCUCUCCCUCUCUUUCCUCUCACCCACUCUUACAAUCUUUUCUCUCGCAUAAACCCUCUUUUUUUUUCUUUUUCUCACGCUCCAUUUCCCCCUCCAUCUCUUUUAUAUAUCUCUCUCAUAAUACCGGCUGUAUUUAUCUCAUUCUCUCAAUUUUCUCUCUCUUACUCUCUUAUCUCUCUUACACCCCUUUCCCUUUCAUUUAUCUCACUCAAACUCCUCUCCCUCUCUUUCCAAUCACUCUCCUGUUCCCCUCGCAAUAUAAUGUCUCUCUCACACUCCCCCUCUUACUUUCUUUUUCUCACACUCACUUUCCCUCUCCCUCUAAUUUCUAUCUCUGAAAAUCCCCCCCUCAGUUUUUCUCUUUCACUCUCUCUUUAUUUUCUCUCUCAUACUCUCUAUUUUCUCGCUCUCACACAAUUAUUUUUCUCUCUCUCACAAACUACGCCCUUCUCUUUUGUUUCUCAAACACUCUCCUUUAUUUCUAUCUCACUUACUCCUUCCUUCCCCAUUCUUUUAACUCCAAAAGACUCUUUUUUUUUUCUUUUUGGCACUCUCUUUCCCUCCCUUUCUUUUCUAUCUCACGCAUUCUAUUUCUCUCUGUCACACACUCUGUCUUUGUAUGCCUCUCGCUCCCUUUCUCUCUGUAUCUAUAUCUAUGUGAGUGUGUGUAUGUUGCAGGGUGAUUGA